GUCAUGAAACCCACUCCCCACCCAAUGCCAGGUCCUGCUCUGGCUAAGGGAGAGGACACUGACACACACACACACACACACAUAGACACUGGAGCAAGGAAGAUUACUAGAACAGCCAUUUGUGAUAACACACUAUAAACCUUGCUGAGCUUAACUGGACUAUUUAUCACACACAUUGAGGAGUUACAUAAUUUCAGCGACUACUUCAUGUGGGAAGGAGGAGAGACUAUUUAACAAGCAGUAAACGAUUGAAAAAGUAGCGCUCCAAGAUUGUCAUCAUGAAGUUACAUGUGGCACUAUUUUUCGCUGGGCUCUUUGGUGCCUUGGCAACUCUGUUCAUUCUCUUGUCUUUUGGCACGGACUAUUGGCUCUUGGCAUCAGAGACCUGUAAUCCACAUUCAAAUGGUCCAGUUACUUUGGAGCGAGGUGAUGUCGUGGUCAACCAGGGUCAGCACCAAGUUAGUGACGGCCAGAACAUUACCUUUCAUCACGAGGGCUUCUUUUGGCGCUGUACCUUUAAUGACAUCAUGAAUGAUGACAAUCUGUGGAAGUUCUGGUUUGAAAAUCAGCCACAUGCAAGGGUAUGCAAACCUGCAUAUCUUCUCCCCUUUCCCAUCCCUGACGAGAGCUACAACACUACCAGCUACCAGUCUGCCAUAAUCUACAGAGGCUUCUGGAGCGUCUCCAUGUUGGUGGGUGUGGCCGCUGUGGUGGCUGGCGGUUUCAUUAUCAUUUGCGCAGCUCCAUUUGCUAGUCAUCACCUUUAUAAAGUAGGGGGUGGACUCUACCUCAUUUCUGGUUUCUUCCUUCUCGCUGUCACUGUGAUGUAUGUUAUCUGGAUAGAUAUUUUGGAUGUCAUGAGCUCGUAUAAGGAAUAUCAGUCAAAGAAGUGCUCAGAGUUUGAGCUCAAUGUGACUUAUGGCCUAUCUUUCAUGUUUGCUCCAGUGGGCGUGUUCUUCUGUCUUCUGUCUGGUCUUCUCUUCCUAGUGAUUGGCCGUACAGUCCAACAUCAUUAUAACUGAACCUCAUGAAUAGUUUGGAAACAGAACAAUGAAAUUGUAUGUUCCAAGUGCAUUAAGUAUCUAUCACUGAAGAAAACAUGUUUGGGCUCUAAACUCUGAGUGUGCGUUAACUUUAUGAUAGGUUGGGCUACAGAUAUUAUAAAUUUGAUUUGAAUUUGCCUUCGAA